AUGGAAGGCUGUUUGGGGUAUCAAGAUAUAAAGGCGUUACAAGAUUUGGUUUGUCCACCAAAAGAUAGUGACUCUGAUGAUGAUUUACCACAAGCUGGUGCGCGUAAACUUGGGCCUGGCCAUAUCGGCGUUGAAAGUGCGACAAAUGUGGUGUCUGGGCAACACGCGGGGCCGCAUGCACCGCUGGAAGAAGGAACCGAUGAUAUUUGGCAUCCAUCAGAGGCAGACGCCGCACAUGUUUCCGAAGCUUAUGAUCCGAGAGAGGUGCCGGAAUACGAGAUGAAAUUUAAGCAGGCGGUGACAGCGGAGGAUGUAUUUUUAAGUAUGGGCUUCAAAACGCCGAGCACCGCGUCUUGCGAGUGGCUGUCCAUCCUGGUGAAGAUGCCGCGGGAGUCGCACGACAAAAUCGAGCUAAACGUGGAAUCCGAGGCAAUCGACGUGCGCAGCCCUAGAUAUCGGCUUCACCUCGCGACGCCUCAUCCGGUUGAUCCCAGCGUCUCGUCCGCCAAGUGGCACGCCGACGCUUCCGCCUUAGAGGUUAUACUGAAGCUUGUACGCGAAUUGGACGACGUGAAUUUUUAA